UUAUAGGUCUAUUAUAGUAUCUUUCUUGAGUUUGGAAAGGAGUUUUUAUUUGAGAUAACACCCUAGUGAAACUAAUAUAUAUCUAAUUACGGGUCGAGUUCAAAUUUAGGAGUAUAAUUUUGGUUACUGGAAAUUGUUGUGAAAUUGGUAGGGGAUUACACAAAGGUGUUUUUGUUGACAGUUCAAUUCUGUUUAAUCAAGUAACAUGACCUUGGUAUUGAAACGAAAUAGCCUUAAUUACUGAUGAACCUAUAUUUGAAAAUAAGCGUGUGCCAUAUAAUUAUUACCGAAAUGUAAUUUGAAAUGAACGUGAAAAUGGUUGGGGAAUACGAAUACCAAGAGAUGUUUUUGUUGAAAGUUCAAUUCUGUUUAUCCAGUAAUAUGACCUUGAUAUUGAAAUGAAGGUCAAUCGAGUACGAUGGGAUUUGGAAUAAUCCGGAGAAGGUCGCAUCAAAGCCGUCGGAAUAUAUCAGUGAUAAUUUAAAUCGCUUCCCCGUAUUUUCGCUUCCAAUUAGGGAAUUCGCGGAAACGGUUUCAAAACACGCCGCCGGGAGCCGAGUGCUCGACGGGUUUCCCCUCAUCGAUUUAUUUGUCGCAUUGGCACCACGAACCAGAGGGAAUACCUGUCCAUUUAAAUUCAAAUGGAAUUUUUUAAUAAUGCACCGACACCACCACCGCGUAAUGGCUUCAUAUUGAAUUUUAUUCCGCUCGCUCGACUCUCGGUAAUGUAUUUUGCCACGGGGGUCGUUUGAGUGUGUUAAAUUGAAAUUCAAAAUGUCAAACCGAACGACGCUUUUGACCUUCAUCGAAGGUCGCGCCCCUCUCGUUAAUCGGAACGUGUUUUACACAAGUUUCCCAGCGCUAAAAUAUUACCAUCGCGUGCCCUAUCGAGCAUGCUUCUGGUGCACGUCAAAUAAUUUGAUUAAAUCCGGGUUUGAUCGAUGAGUGACGGCAAGUUGGACCUGGACGAGUUUCGAUUAAUUUGCAAGGCCCUCUUCAGGAACGACAAAGGAAAAAUUUACUCUUUAGAAGAAAACAAAUUAAAAGAAAUUUUCGACAUUUUCGAUCAAGAUGCUGAUGGUUUCAUUGACAGGGAGGAAUUUAUCUUCUGUUGGAAUCAUUGGAUUAAAGUCAUAGUCCGGCCGAUUUCCGCUUUUCUUAUCGUAGACGUCCAAAAUGACUUUAUCACUGGAACAUUAAACAUAAGUAAUUGCUCAGCCCAACAGAACGGUUUUGAAGUCGUCGAACCGAUCAAUAGACUUUUAGAAACCGUUGAAUUCGACGCCGUUUUUUACUCAUUAGAUUGGCAUCCAAGCGAUCACGUUUCUUUUAUCGACAACAUCAAUCAAAGGGAAAUUGAUCCCUCAAGUCCCGUUGCAGCUGAAAACGCUCAAUGUUACGAUACAGUUACGUUUGCAGGCCCCCCACCGAUGAAACAACGUUUGUGGCCUCGACAUUGCGUACAAGAUACCUGGGGAUCCGAGCUCCAUAAGGACUUAAAGGUCGUCGAGAAUGCCAUUAAAGUGUACAAGGGUACCAACCCGGAGGUGGAUUCCUAUUCAGUAUUCUGGGAUAAUAAAAAACUCACCGAUACCACUCUAAGCGCCCAACUUCGCCAGAAAAACGCCACCGAUAUUUACAUCUGCGGCUUAGCUUACGACGUUUGCGUCGGUGCCACCGCAGUUGAUGCUUUGGCAAUCGGGUACAGGACGAUUUUAUUGGACGAUUGCAGCCGAGGCGUUGAUUUAUUGGAUAUCGAAAAAACCAAAAACACUGUUAUUAAAAACGAUGGAGUCAUCGUUAAUUCAAACCAAGUCAAAGCUAUGGUGGAGGGAAGAGAUCGACGACCAGAACUUGGUUAUAAAUUAGCUAUCGAGCUAAAAGCUCAUCGAAAUUAGAUAAAACAAUUUUUCGCGAGCUAAAUGUUGUACUUAAAAAUAGCUUCUUAAUUAAAUCUUGCAUUGUUACUGAAUACAUAAAUCAAUUAUAAUAAUAAUAAAAAUA